AUGUGCAGUGGCAAAUUACAGACAGGUUUGCUGGUGGUUGGCUACUUUGUCUACCUGCUAGUGGGUGCUGCUGUGUUCCAGGCGCUGGAGAGGACUGCUGAGAAGCAGGAAAAAAUGGCAGCUGCCCAGAUGAAGGAGGCUUUUCUGCAGAACUUCACCCACCUCACUGUGGCAGAGAUGGAGCAGUUCAUGAAGAACUUGACUGAAGCCAUUCAGAAUGGAGUAUACCCUGUUGGAAAUGAGUCACAGAUUGAAGACAGCAACUGGGAUUUCAGUAACUCCUUCUUCUUUGCAGGCACGGUUGUCUCCACAAUAGGCUAUGGCACACUGCAUCCUAAAACGGCUGGGGGCCAGAUCUUCUGUGUCUUUUUUGCUCUGUUUGGAAUCCCUCUGAAUAUUGUUUUUCUGCACCAUGUUGGUAAGAUGCUCUCACUGCUGUGUAAAAAGCUGGGGAAAUUCCUGCAUGAGAAAGGAAUGAGAAAGAAGAAGAUAAAAUUUCUGACCCUUUUUUUCUUCCUGGCAACGGGGAUCCUAGUUUUUCUGUGCUUGCCAUCCGUCUUCUUCCAGAUAACAGAGGGCUGGUCCUACAGUGAAGGAAUUUACUUUGCAUUUAUCACCCUUAGCACCAUUGGCUUUGGAGAUUAUGUAGUAGGUAAACAGCCUGGCAGGAAUUACUUUUCCUACUACCGAACACUGGUGGCCAUUUGGAUUCUUUUUGGCCUUGCCUGGAUUGCUCUCCUGUUUAAUUUAUUGACAACGGUACUAGAAGAUACUGAAAAAAUAAUUGUCAAGGAUCUCCAUCAAAUUGGAAAGGUGAGUAAGGACAGUGAAGCACCCACAAGCCCACAAAGAAGAUUCUGGCCUGCUCAAUUUAUUCCAGAAGAAGAACUACCACCACAUGCUGAAGGGGAUGCACAGAAAAUGAGGUCAUUAGCAGCAGAUUCUGAACACACAAAAAAUGAAAAAGAUGUUUAUUACAGCAAAACUAUUGCCAUAACAUGUGAGAAUUGA